AUGCCCACACUCGAAUUGUGUGGGGCCUUAUUACUACCAUCUUUACUAGCCACCGCUAAAAAGGCUCUACAUGUGAAGAUUGAUCGUACAAUACUCUGGACGAAUUCCACAAUAGUACUUCACUGGUUAAAAAACUCUCCACACACCAUAAAAACCUUUGUAGCAAAUAGAGUAUCCGAGAUACAAGACAAAACAAGAGUCGCGGAUUGGCGACACGUUUCAACGUCAGACAACCCCGCAGAUCUCAUCUCGCGCGGUCAACAUCCCGAAGAGUUUCAGCCAUCCAUCUGGCAUCAAGGACCAGAAUGGCUCAGUAAUGAAGAAUCUUCAUGGCCAACUACAAAAUUAAUACCACUCGAAGAUGCAAUACCAGAGAAAAGGAUAGCAACUUGCCUAAUUGCGCAAACAUUGGACACCAGCAUCCUCAACAACUACUCAUCUUGGGGACGAAUGCAACGGAUUAUCGCGUACUGUCUCAGGUGGAAGAAGAAUAACACCAACAAGGGAAGCCUCUCCGCCUCGGAGAUCAAGAACACCCACAACGUCAUCAUUAGGCUCCUCCAAUAG